UCUGUGUUCUCCUGCUGGGUCAGUUUGUGAGGAGGAGAUUGUUUGCCAGGUUUUUUUUACACAAAGGAAGUGAUCUUUGAACCUAUGGGGCCCCCUCCCCUUUCCCAAGCCUUACACCUUUCCAUCUGGAAGCUCAGCUCUUAGUCCUCUUUUGGACCUUUGCCCUCCCUAGCUAGCUCCAGAAUGAUCUCUGGCUGGUUGUUUCUUGCUCAUCAGGCUGCAGGCUUCCGCCUCAUUCUUGCCAGCAUGGAGCAUGUGGUGCCAGUAAAUAGAGGACACAGCCCCACACCUGAGAGGAAGAGAAGGAUAUCAGUGACUGGGAAAGGCUAGGCCUGCAAAUCUAGGAUGCUGACUAGAGAUGGUAUUGGUGAAAUGUCCCAGAAAGCCCCCCAGGGACUUACCUUAGCUGCUGCCACCGCCCUCAGCCACCCCUCACCCCAUCACCAGUUGCCAACCAUUCCAGAAUCGCUCCUGCUAAAGGAAGCCUUUUAUCUACAGGGUGAUGUAGUUUAUUAAGAGUACCACAAAUGGUAAGCUAGACCAACAAGACUGUUUCAUUUUCGGACUCAGGAAGUUACAGAAGGUUUCAUUAGGGGAAAUCUGUUUUGUGUAAAUACAACAUGUAUAUGUGUACACAAUACUCAGAACACCCUUCCCCAGCAAGAGGGUUGCUUGUUCUCUCCUGUAGUUAAUAUUUUGGACAGCAAAUUGAAGAAAGAAGAUGAAGGAGUAGAAGAGGGAUGGGAAGGGCUAUUUCGGGACAAGCAAGAACAACGACAACCUGCUAACACACUUUUAUAGGUCUCUUAAUGAAGACUGAAGACUAUUAUGGUGUAGUGGAAAGUGCCAGGGACCGGAAGUCAGUGGGCAUGCUUUCUUGUCUCAGCUUUGUUGCUGUGUGACCCCGAAUAUGUUAUUUUGUCUCACUGGUCCUCGGUUUACUUAUUUGUUAAGUAUAGUAAUUAGGAUGGCCACUUAGAGAAUUCCUAGUUACUUCCAAAUUAUCAGCCUUAGUUUGGAAACGGGAUUUAUUACUUAAGAAAUACUAGUCCCCUCUCCUUUUGGAGACUGUUGUUUUUUUUUUUUUUCCUCUUUAGAGAACAAGCAUAGAUUACAAAUAAAAAAUUCAAAUUCACCCAUUCCCACUCCUUCAGAAAGCGUCCAUCUUUCUGUCUCUGGGCAAUGAGGGUUUUGCAUUUUGUUAUUCUUAUCUCAUCCCUCCCCUUUUCUUUCUUUAGGGCUCUUGAUAAUGUUUCACCCAGUGGCAACAAUAGUAGACGACGUGAUUUCAAAACUGGGCUCAGCCUCUGUUUCUGCUCUUGUGUAGUCGCAAAGCCCAUUUUGGACCAGGAACUCCAAUCAUGUCUGUGAUGGUGGUAAGAAAGAAGGUGACACGGAAAUGGGAGAAACUCCCAGGCAGGAAUACCUUCUGCUGUGAUGGCCGAGUCAUGAUGGCCCGGCAAAAGGGCAUCUUCUACUUGACCCUCUUCCUCAUCCUGGGAACCUGUACACUCUUCUUUGCCUUCGAGUGUCGCUACCUGGCUGUUCAGCUGUCUCCUGCCAUUCCUGUGUUUGCUGCCAUGCUCUUUCUUUUCUCUAUGGCCACACUGUUGAGGACCAGUUUCAGUGACCCUGGAGUGAUUCCUAGAGCACUACCAGAUGAAGCAGCUUUCAUAGAAAUGGAAAUAGAAGCCACCAAUGGUGCGGUGCCACAGGGCCAGCGACCACCUCCUCGUAUUAAGAAUUUCCAGAUAAACAACCAGAUUGUGAAACUGAAAUACUGUUACACAUGCAAGAUCUUCCGGCCUCCCCGGGCCUCCCAUUGUAGCAUCUGUGACAACUGUGUGGAGCGCUUCGACCAUCACUGCCCCUGGGUGGGAAAUUGUGUUGGAAAGAGGAACUACCGCUACUUCUACCUCUUCAUUCUUUCUCUCUCCCUCCUUACAAUUUAUGUCUUCGCCUUUAACAUCGUCUACGUGGCCCUCAAAUCCUUGAAAAUUGGCUUCCUGGAGACACUGAAAGAAACUCCUGGAACUGUUCUAGAAGUCCUCAUUUGCUUCUUCACACUCUGGUCUGUUGUGGGCCUGACUGGAUUUCACACUUUCCUUGUGGCUCUCAACCAGACAACCAAUGAAGACAUCAAAGGAUCAUGGACAGGGAAGAAUCGCGUGCAGAAUCCCUACAGUCAUGGCAACAUUGUGAAGAACUGCUGUGAAGUGCUUUGUGGCCCCUUGCCCCCCAGUGUGCUGGAUCGAAGGGGUAUUUUGCCACUGGAGGAAAAUGGAAGUCGACCUCCAAGUACUCAAGAGACUAGCAGUAGCCUCUUGCCACAAAGUCCAGCCUCCACAGAACAUAUGAACUCUAAUGAGAUGCCAGAGGACAGCAGCACUCCUGAAGAGAUGCCCCCUCCAGAGCCCCCAGAGCCACCACAGGAGGCACCUGAAGCUGAGAAGUAGCCUGUCUAUGGAAGAGACUUUUGUUUGUGUUUCAUUAGGGCUAUGAGAGAUUUCAGGGGAAGAUCAACCUGAGACAGAGAGCAAAUAAGCUGUCCCUUCUUACUGUUUUCCUUUGGUCUUUAGUCACCGGAUUGCACACUGGCAUUUUCUUGCUGCAAACUUUUUUUAAAAUUUAUGGACUUAAGAUAGUGGCAGAAGAUGCCAGUUACCUCUGGCAACUGAACAAAUGGGUCUCUCGGGACAUGGCACUUGUUUUCCAUUGUCUCAGCUACAAGGUGUCCUUGGACUCCCCUUCUCUUCCCUCCAGAUCCUAGCUCUCCUGCUGGGGGGUCAUUGGUCUCCUUUGGGGGCUAAAGAUUCUCGGGACUGAUUCAAGUCCUUUCCAGCUGCUGCAUGUCCUGAGUCCUGAGAGGGUCACAGAAACCUCUGGCCAGGGAAUCCUAACUGGGCUCUUGACUCCUUCAGAACUAAUGAGGAUUGGAGAGUGAGGUUGGAGGAUUUUCCUGGCUACAAAGUGCCAGCAUUGCCAGCCAAUCCUUUUAGGAAUAGGGCAGGUACCUUCCACUUGUAUUUAUUUGUGUAGCUUUUCCUCCCCCAUCGACUCUCUAACAUCCAUUCCACUCUUUUCUCAUUAGAUGAUAUGUGUAAGUAGUCAUAGUAGAGAUAACAAUUUACAUUUCUCAUAGAUCCUCCAGAAACUUCAAUGCCUGUGCUGUUUUCAAUAAGCAUUGAUGGGAUGCCAACAGCAUAGCCCCUCCCACUCUCUGUCUCAUCUCCGCUCUUUUCUCAUUAGCCCAUUUUAAGUUUCUUCUUUUGACUCCUGCUUCCAUUGGGAGCAGGAAUGGCAGUAAUAAAAGUCUGCACUUUGGUGCUUCCUUUUCCUCAGAGGAAGCCUGAGUGCUCACUUCAAACACUACCCCAUCAGACUUCUUGUGUAAGGCCAACAGAGGCCCUGAAUGCACAAUGGAAGCCAAGGCACAGAGAGGCUCUCCUCUCCUCUCCUCUCCUCUCCUCUCCUCUCCUCUCC